GCGGGAGUGGUGAUCAGAUGGUGGUGCACUUGGUUGAGCGCACAUAUUUAAAAUGCUCAAGGACCUGGGUUCAAAACCCCAGGCCCCACCUGCACAAGAGGAAAGCUUCGCGAAAUCAUGGGCAGCAAGAAGAAGGAAGUUGCCCUACAGGUUAACAUCAGCACCCAAGAGCUUUGGGAAGAAAUGCUCAGUUCUAAGGGACUAACAGUUGUCGAUGUCUACCAAGGCUGGUGUGGCCCCUGCAAGCCCGUGGUGAGCCUCUUCCAGAAGAUGAGGGUAGAAAUGGGCCUGGACCUUCUGCACUUCGCACUGGCGGAGGCAGAUCGUCUGGAUAUCCUAGAAAAAUACCGUGGCAGGUGUGAGCCUACCUUCCUUUUCUAUGCGGGGGGAGAGCUGGUGGCUGUGGUGAGAGGGGCUGAUGCCCCACUGCUGCAGAAGACCAUCCUGGACCAGCUGGAGGCUGAGAGGAAGGUGCUGGCUGGAGGCCAAGAACGCAGAGUGAUUACAGAUCAGGCUCUUUGUAAAGAAGAGGAAUGCUUUCCCCAUGGAAAAGAUGACAGUGAAGAUGAGCAUGUGGCAUCCUUGGAGAAGGCCUGCACCCUGGCGAUCGUGAAACCAGACGCCGUGGCCCAUGGGAAGGCUGAGGAGAUUAUCCUCAAGAUCCAGGAAGCUGGGUUUGACAUCCUAACACACGAAGAGAGAACCAUGACUGAAGCCGAGAUGCGGCUCUUCUACCAGCACCAGGCUGGAGAGGAAGCAUUUGAGAAGCUGGUGCAGCACAUGUGCAGCGGCCAGAGUCACCUCCUGGUGCUCACGAGGCCUGAGGGCACAGAGGAUGUAGCUGCUGCCUGGCGGAGCCUCAUGGGUCCUUAUGACCCCUGUGUAGCAAGGAGGGAACAGCCUGACAGCCUCCGGGCCCAGUAUGGCACAGAGCUGCCCUUCAACGCCGUCCACGGGAGCCGGGACACAGAGGAUGCCUGCCGGGAGCUGGCACUGCUCUUCCCCAGCAUCAGGUUCUCAGCCCCAGCCCAGGGGGCCCUUCCUGGCCACCAGGAUGAAGACACAGUGGGCCACAUGGAGACUCCUGGCUUUCCAGUGGAUGCAGACUGAGGUGCCCUUCCAGAGCGGCUGAGCAGGGGCAAGGCCAUGCGCAGAAACACCCUUACUCGCUGCAUGUGAAGAAGCCUCGAGAGCUGUAACUUUCCUGCUAAGCAUCUGGUCUUUGGGGAGCUUGGCUAUUUUUCAUGGGCACAAAAGCUCACAGUAUCAACUUUCCUGCCUUACUGGAAAGCAUGUAGCACACUAACUUUUCAUUUUCGCUGUAUCUGGGAUUUCAUGACACCAGCAGAUUUCAGUUAUUGUGUCCUAUAUGUGAUGUGGUGUCACCUCGGGGGAUAUUAAGUUACAUGGGAUAGUUGUGUCCCUGAUACACUUUAUGGAUUUAAGAAAUUUAGACACAAGAGACUUUGGGGAGGGCGUCGAUGGUACUGACACUUCAGUGGUGGGCAUGGUGUGAUGACACAUAUAUCAGACAGACCUGAAAAACUGUACCCCUAAAACUACAGCCUUGUAAGCCAGUGUUGCGUCAAUAAAAAUUUAAAAGUCA